CUGUAUCUCGGCGCCGGGGUUCCGGCACGAGUGUCGCCGGGCUUUCGCGCUGCCACGGAGGGAAAGUGACAGCGGGGCCGAGCUCGGUCACUGUUUACAUCAGCUAACCCCUGCUAGCUAACGUUAGCUAGCGCGCGUAUCUCCAAAGCGCCGCCGCUAACUCUGCUAACUUAGCGAGCGCGACCCACGUCUGCUGACGUGACGUUUGCCGGUAUCCCCGCGUCCGAAACGGCGCCCGUUCAUUCGGGAUGGAUGCCUACUAAAUUAAAGUUUACUUCUGCUAGCUAGCGUGCUAACACCCGAGGCCACGGACAUUGACGCAAGAAGACGUUAUGUGACCGCAACGUUUCGCUAGCUUAGCUGCAGAUACGAUUAACGCUAAGUGAGCGGUCUCUACUCUGCGUGUACGAGUGCUAACAUGUUUGUCUCGUGUUUUUUUUUUGUUGACAGGAAUGUUAAAUGUCCGAGGACAAGGAAGCCCAGGAGGAUGAGCUGCUUGCUUUAGCGAGUAUCUAUGACGAAGAAGAGUUCCGCCGGGCGGAGUCGGCUCAGGGCGGAGAGAUCCAACUCCGCCUGGAGCUCCCUCCGGAUUUCAAAGUAGUAGUCAAAGGAGAGAACCUGACUGAAUAUGAUGUCUGCUUCCUGCCUCCUUUGGGCCUCAACUUUGAGCUCCCUGCAGACUACCCGUCUAUGUCCUCGCCAGUCUUCACUCUCAGCUCCAAAUGGAUGAGCAGGGCGCAGAUGAGCAGUCUGUGCAGACGUCUGGAUGAGCUUUACGAGGAGAACCAAGGCUGCGUGAUUCUUUUCACGUGGAUCCAGUUCCUCAAAGAGCAGGCGCUGGACUUUCUGGGCAUCCAGUCUCCUCUGGAAGUCAUCAAGGGAGGCAGCAAGGCAGGUGGUGAGCGCAGGAAAGCCGACCCGCAGGCCACAGCUCUGUCGCAGUGUGGGAGUCACUCUGAAGCCGCGGAGGAGACGAGGAGAGAAGCAAAGAAGGAAAAGUCUCAACAACACCCGGCGGAUCCGCGGGCCGUUUUAGUGAUGGACCCGCGCGCCGACCUCCUACCUCAGCUGCUGGACUUUGACGAGGAGCAGCGGCAGAAGGCGUUCGACGGCAAGGUGUUCGGCUGCGGCAUCUGCUUUGUGGAGAAGCUGGGCUCCAGCUGCCUCUGCUUUAAAGAGUGCCAGCACGUCUACUGCAAGGCCUGCAUGACCGAGUACUUCCAGAUCCAAAUACGGGACGGCAACGUUCAGUGCCUUAAUUGUCCUGAGCCCAAAUGUACCUCCAUAGCCACACCGUCGCAGGUGAAGCAGCUGGUGGACGAGGAGCUCUUUGCCCGUUAUGACCGUUUGCUGCUCCAGUCCAGUCUGGACGGCAUGGCCGACGUGGUCUACUGCCCCCGCCAAUCCUGUGCCACCGCUGUCAUGGUGGAGCCCGACUCCACCAUGGGGAUCUGCUCGGUGUGCCAGUACGCCUUUUGCACGCUGUGCAAGCUGGGCUACCACGGGCUCUCCCACUGUAAAAUCCCUGCAGAGGAAUUGCGUAACCUGCGAGACGAGUACCUGUCAGCCACGAGCGUGGGAAAAAAGUUCAUGGAGCAGCGCUUUGGGAAGAGGGUGAUCCAGAAAGCGGUGGAGGAGUCCUUCAGCAGAGACUGGCUCAACGAGAACUGCAAAGGCUGCCCCCGCUGUGGCACCAACAUACAGAAAGCCGACGGCUGUAACAAGAUGACCUGUACCUCCUGUAAACAGUACUUCUGUUGGCUGUGCCUGGGCCUCCUCAGCAAAGUCAACCCGUACAGUCACUUUAACAACCCAAAUUCAGCCUGCUUCAACCAACUCUUCCAGGGUGUGGAUCUGGAUGAAGAAGAUGCCUUCUGGAGCGACGAGGAGGACUAACGGCUCGCCACUGUCCGCUCCGUCCGAAUGCACUUUAUCUCCCGUAACAAUCACUUCACUAACAGUGACGGCAACAGCAGAUCAUGUUUUGGAUACGAUCAUAAGUCUUGGGUAUAAAACACUUAAUGUCUGCCUGUAAAUAGAUGACGCUCAGUAUGACAGAUUUGAUGCGUGUAACGUGUAAAGUCGGGAAUGGCAAGUACAGCUUUAGCUUUAUUCUCUGUUUGAGAAACAACCGUUGACAUUUUCUUACAAACAUACACGGUUGGUGUUGGUGACUCGUAUAGAUGAUGACAUUAAGGUCGAACUAUUGUUUUAAACUCGAAAAGAGGAAAAAAGAAAAUUGUACUUCUCUACUAUAUUCUAGAUUAGAUUUCAGGUCUUACCGUAUUCUUCACGAGGACAUUCUUUGACAUUCUCCGGCUCGUGGCGAUCGACCGGUGAUGCUGGAUACUACGUCGACGUGUUUGCUUACGAUUGUCCAGCAGCUGGGUGUUGCUGCCAAAAGGGCCGCGUUUACCCUCUUUUUUCAUAUUUAGCAGGUAGAUUCUCUACCUGCUAAAUAUGUCAACACCGUGGCAUCAACUCACAGGUCACUUUCCAUCAGAUGAAGCCGCAGGUGGGUCGCCCACACCCGUGAUACAUAAUAAUCCUAAAUGUAGGGAAACCAGUGGAUUCCUAUCCCGGCCAUAAUCACCGUGGUUUUGUUGUUGGUUUGGGGUUCACUGUCACCAUGGGAAUCACUUGAUGUUCUUUUUUUCCUCUUUAUGUCAGGAUGUGCUUUUUUUUUUUUUUUUUUUAAAUUGUCUUUUCUGAAAUGUGUUUGGAUUUGUCUUUUCCUGAUAUGAGUUACUCCACAGAAAUGUGCCUUUGCACUUCAUGUGAUUGGAAUCGGCUGGGUUGGAGAUGGGUGUCUUCUGGGGAAAGGGAUUCACAAGUGGGUCGAGGUGCCUGUGUUUUUGCACAAAGAUUAACAGAAGACAGCAGUAACUCCUCGUGGGUGUCGAGUCGUUCAGGGACGGGGGGGGGGGGGGUGUAAAUCCUCACGAGUCACCUUUUAGAAAUGAUAUUUGAUUACAUGUGUUCAUACCCUCCUUUGCACAACUUGUUACUUGAAUGUUGCCAAAGUUAAUCAAAGAGGCCAUAUGACCUUGAUAUGUUUAGAGAUAAACAUUUUGUAUAUUGUUAAUUUAUUUUCCUUUUAUCUUAUAACAUCUAUUUUUUUGAAAGGAAAUGGAACCACACUGCACUUAAAAGGUGGCGACUGUUUAAAAGACCAUGUUGAAAUGCACUUGGAUUUGCUUUCCCUUCAAUGCAGAACCCAACGUCUUCAUGUCUCACAGAGGAAACAUUUGGAAACGUGACUUGCCGAUUCAUGUUAAAAUGCAUUCGUCAUCAGUUUUGUUAGAAUAAAUAUCCCCACUUUGUCCACA